UCCGGCGCCUGGGCCUGGGAGAAGGCGUGGCUGAUGUCAGAUCCUCUUCUCUGAUUGGUUCUCUGGGAACCAACCCCGGCUAUGCGCGAAAGAAGUCUCAGCUGCUCGCCUGCGCAGUUAAGACGAAUGAGUCGCAGGUGAGGGAAGCCGCGGCGGAGGUACUGCGCGUGCGCAGACCUGGGAAUCACCCUCUUCUGCGGUGAUUCCGGCUCCCCUGGACCCUGCAGGCUGAAGGCCCAGUUGAGACCAGUGUAGUCGAUCGAUUGUGUAGUUCCUGUGAGAUGCCGUAAAUAGAAAACCGCCGUGAUGUUAACCAGCCCGACAAGUGAGGUCCUCCGUGGACUCGGUUUCCUGUUUCAGGAAGGCGGCGACGUUGCCGUUAUGUGGACUGAACGUCUCCCUUCAUCUCCUUCAUGAGCUGUCUUUGAGCUCCACUGCAGGAAACCGGUUACAUUCAGACCACACGCAGAGGGGGCUCCUUUUUCUCUUGUCCUCCCUAAGUCAGAAGAUAAGAGCUCUGCAUUUCCUGCCCAACCUAGUAUGCUUUCCUGUUUGGAAACACUAACAACAAACACAAACAAAAAGCCGCCUCACCGCACUGGGGGAAGCUGUAUCUCCAUCUUCCAAGCCUAGGACGUGACAUGGUCUCUUUGGAGCCUGACUCGCAGUACUCAGUGCUUCCAUUGGAGAGGGGUUUGAGCCUGCGUGAGGCCUCAGGCAUCUGGCGAGCUCCAGAGUGAAAGGAAGAUGAAGGCUGCUUUCACCUACUCCUCCGUUUGCAGGGAGCUCUAAAGUACACUUUUGAAUCAGGAAUUACUGUUAAGCAUUGCUGAGCUCCUUCUCCUCUCACGGAGGUCUGGCGCCAUCAGCUGGCGGUUUAGUUCCCCGUCUGCUCACGCUCUGCUGGGUCCUUAGCCACUUCCUAGGUCUUGUUUUGAGACCUGUGUUUCAUCUUACUGCGGAAGGGGACGUAACACUGAAUAGGCAGGCCGAGCCCGCAGAGCCACCCCGAUGGGCACGUCCAGUUGGUUCCGAUGGCCUGCGCCCCUGGCUGGGAUGUGCACAGCGCCAGGGGCACUCCGGCUUUGGGAGCAGCUGAGGUUGCUGUCCCCAGGAACAGCUGUCACGGCGGUCCAGAUGGCAGGCAAGAAGGACGGCCCUGCCCUGCUCUCCCUGGAGGAGAGUGAGCUGGAGGAGCAGUUUGUGAAAGGGCACGGUCCAGGGGGCCAAGCGACCAACAAAACCAGCAACUGCGUGGUGCUGAAGCACAUCCCCUCAGGCAUCGUCGUGAAGUGCCAUCAGACGAGAUCAGUCGAUCAAAACCGAAAGCUCGCUCGGAAAAUCCUGCAGGAGAAAGUGGAUGUUUUCUACAAUGGCGAAAACAGUGCCGUUUACAAAGAAAAACGAGAGGCAGAGAAGAAAAAGCAGGAAAGGAAGAAAAGAGCAAAGGAGACCCUAGAAAAAAAGAAACUCCUGAAAGAGUUGUGGGAGUCCAGUAAACACGUCCACUGAGGCGGCGGUCGGCCUCCGCCGAAGAGGCUGCCAGGGCUUCCAGGGGUCCGGGCGAGUGUCAGGAGACGGGAGCUGCCGGUGAAAUACUUCCGACACAUUAA